AUGUGCCUGAGGAAAACAGCUAAAGAGUGGCAGUAUCACUUGGCUGCAUCUGGAUCCAGAGUCCCUGCACUUUCCACUGCCCUACUUAGGUGGCCCUGUGUCUCCUAUAAUAUUAGCACAGCCUGGUGCCCCCCAGGCUUUGGGAAGGUCCUGCAGAUUGGAACCCAGCUCGGCUCCCAGGCACCCCCAGGUCAGGAGGGAGAAUACAGCUUUAGAACCUUAGCUGUCACCUCUGCCACCACCUUCUUCCCAGCAGGGGGACUCCCUCCAAGACUGGGUGAGGGUGUGAAAAGGGGCAGCAGUGGGUAG